AGUUUGAAAUAGAUAGCCAACAAGUAAAGAUCAUGGUCGGUGCAGCAAUAAUACAUCUCUCCUCUUUUUUUAUCAUUUAAUAAGAAUGUUUAAUAUUGUUUCCAUUCUUUUCCAAGAAUCAAAUAAUUCUUGGAAAAAUUAAUAUAGCGUUCCUAUCUUUAUGUAAAGAAUGCCUCAAGUUCCACAAUAAUUCUUCUUUCUCAUAUGCUUCUAAAAGUUUCAAAGUUUUUUCAUUCGAUCACAUCAUAAGUUAACAUACGAGGCUACAAUUGAAUCACGUUUUUGGUUUUUAUGGAUUUUAUCUUCACGGCUUCAUUUUUAAUCUCACGUCCUUGAGACUACUUGGCCGAGCUUUUACGCGUCAUAGGACGCCCCGGCUUGAUAAUACAGCAUAUCUUGCUUUAAAAGAAUAACAUAGUAUGUAUUGGUGUGUCAUACACAUGCAAAGCAAGAGAUAAACGGGCGAUGAUAUAUGGGAAGGAAGCACUUUAACAGUCGGUCUAUAAACAUCACGAAGUGAACAUUACUUCGUAAUAAAGGUGACAAAUCAUGGGGUUGUUUAAUAGUUUGAUCGCUCUUUUGGCUAUCAAGAUACUAUUUUUAAAAGUAAACGCAAUUUCACUUGAUCACGACCAUCCAUCGUCUCAGCUCGAACUAAAGAAAGUUGUAAAGAUAUUCAAUUAUUCAAGGUGCAAUGAAAGUCGAAACGUAUCACAAUUAGUUCCUUAUAACGAAACAUAUUACUCUAAACCAGAACAUGCUAUGCCUGGGGAACCCUAUCAAAACAAGACUCGAUUAUAUUAUAAAAAAGAGUUUCACACGGAGUUGACAUGCUGCGAAGGCUACGUGAAAUCCGGUGCAAUGUGCGUACCGCGUUGCCCGCAGUCGUGCCAAAAUGGUACCUGCAAGGAGCCUGACGUGUGCACCUGCAACACAGGAUACCGCAUGUCAAGCAACGGCUCGUGCGUGUCGCAGUGCACAAACAAUUGCGUCAACGGUACUUGUGUCGAUGGGGUUUGCAAUUGCAACGAGAAAUAUUUGUUGGACUCGGACGGAUUCACCUGUCGACCUGUCUGCCCAGCGGAAUGCGAGGAAACUCACGGAUACUGCACCGAGCCGCACGUGUGCACGUGUCCUUCCGGUUACAGGCAACGCAAGAGAUUCUACCACGUCUUUAAGUUCAUGUGCGAGCCAGUUUGCGAUCAUAAGUGCACCAAUGGCCUUUGCGUGGCCCCUAACAUCUGCAAGUGCGCGGACGGCUACGAAAAGGACGAGAACGAUUCAUUCACCUGCAGGCCUAAGUGCGACGAUUCGUGCGCUUUCGGGACGUGCGUAAGACCGGGGUAUUGCCAGUGCAAACCCGGUUACAUAAAGACGUAUCACACUGCGAACGAUACGAUCGUCUCAAUCGCCUGCGAACCGCAAUGCUUCCCGUCAUGCAAAAUGGGCAUGUGCGUAGCGCCGUACACAUGCGGCUGUAACGAAGGCUACAGACUCCGUAACAACUCCAAACAUAUAUGUGAGCCAAUCUGCGAUAAUGAUAUAUGCGGUGAUGGCAUAUGCAUCGCGCCCGGAAAAUGCUUACAUGGAAAUCCAACAGUGUGGAAAUCCAAUACAUCUGUCGUUUUAUCUAACUCGACUCAAAGCAAGCCGAUCUGCACGAUACCUUGUGGACCCAACGGAGAAUGCACGUCGCCCAAUGAAUGCACUUGCUUCGAAGGGUAUCGCUCACACGCACAGUUAAUUAUAACAGAGCUGCAUGAAAAUUUUUCGAAAACACCGUUUCCCGAAUUGUCCGAGAAACAUAUCUGCCAACCGGUUUGCAAUUUCGAGUGCUACGGUGGUAAGUGCACCGCGCCAAACGUAUGCACUUGCGAUCCAGGUUACUAUCCGAAGUGGCUCGAAGACAGUGAUUUUGAAAGCUACCACUUUUGUUAUCGUCUCAACGGACCUCCUUGCAAUGCUCUCUCGUGCGGAGAUAACGGGACGUGUCACGAGUCAGGCAUUUGCGUUUGCGACGCCGGUUACAGGAAGGACACGGCCGGUGCUUGCAUACCCAUCUGCAACCGAGGGUGCUUAGACGGUAUGUGCACGGCGCCGGAUGAGUGCACGUGUCGCGAAGGCUACGCGCUUCAGAACAAUAAAUUUGAAGAAAACGUCUGCAAGGCGAUUUGCGAAAGGGGCUGCGAGAACGGCGAGUGCGUCAGCCCGAAUGAGUGCAUUUGUAACAAUGGUUUCAUACCGAACAUCGACCAUCACUCGAAACCGGAGUGCAUCCCUGUAUGUACUCGCAACUGCAGCGGACAUGGCGACUGUAUCAUUUCGACCGAUCGCGACCACUACAGAUGCGAGUGUCACUUCGGAUGGACGGGAUUGGAUUGCGAUCAUCCGUCCUUGUGCGUUAUAAAGAUGGCUUACGAGAAGGUCAAGAAGAGAGGCUUAGUUCAUUUUGCAAAUAGCACAAUCAAGCGAGCUUACGAAGAUGCACCGUAUUGUUCUCAAUGCUACGAUUCUUUGGACAACAAAACAGUGUGCUAUGUGAUGGAAAAUUAUGAACACAAUUUGACUGUCAGC